AUGACGAAUAAUAAAGACCAUCACGAAAAUUCGCACGAACAUCGGAGUGUAACCUCGGAAGCCGUUCAUUUUCUGAUUUGCGCUGGCGGAAUUUUGACAUGCUAUUUUUAUUUCGGAAUUCAACAGGAAAGAAUGUAAGUUUAACUUUUUAUUGGGGGAUUUGGAAAAUAAAAAGAACAAUUGCAGAGUUCAAGGAAAAUAUUCGGGAGGAGAUAAAUUCACAUUCACUCAAGCGCUGGUAUUUUUCCUCUGCACGGCUAACACGAUUUUUGCCUAUAUUUUCCGGCGGAAAACCGAUAUUGAUAAUGUUCCAACAAAGUGAGUUUUUUCAACAAAAAAAAUUUGAAAAAUCAAAAUGAAAGAAGUGAUUCCGGGUCGAAAUUUUGAUGAAAAUACUAAUUUUACCAUGUUUUAAACGGCUCGGAGUCAAAAAUUAUUAGAAAAUAGUUGUGUGUAGCUCGAAAACGGUUUUUUUCUGAUAAAAUGAAAAAAAAAAAGUUGAAAAAAAAAAUUGAAAGCUAAAAAUCCUCAGAAAAUUAUAAUUUUCUAGAAUGUAUGCCGCAUGUGCUGGAAGUUAUUUAGCAGCAAUGAUGUUCAGUAAUCAAGCUUUAUUAUAUCUCCCAUAUCCAACUCAAGUUCUCGCAAAAUCCUGCAAACCCAUCCCAGUUAUGCUUUUCGGUGUUCUUUUUGCCCAUAAAAGCUACAGUUGGAGAAAAUAUUGUUAUGUUCUUCUGAUCGUCGCCGGUGUUGCUCUUUUCCUUUACAAAGACAAAAAAUCCGAAGAAAACAAGGAUUUCGGAUAUGGAGAGAUUCUUUUGGCACUUUCAUUGAUUAUGGAUGGAACAACAACUUCAAUUCAAGAUCGAAUUAAUCGAAGUUAUCGAAGAACUUCGCUUUCUCUCAUGUUUUAUAUCAAUUUAUAUUCUAGUCUUUAUCUUUCUGCGGGGUAAGCAACAAAUAUUAUCGCUGACUAUUUUACAACUUUAUUUUUAUUUCAGUCUUAUCUUUACUGGUGAACUCUACUCGUUCUUUUAUUUCGUUCAAAAACAUCAUCAUGUUCUUUGGGAUCUCGUAUUUUUAGCGCUUUCUUCUUGCGGUGGACAAUAUUUCAUUUUCAAAACUAUUGCUGAAUUUUCACCAUUGACCUGUUCAAUUGUGACAACUACUAGAAAAUUAUUCACAAUUAUCAUUUCGGUAAUUUAGAAAAUAAUUAGUGAAUUUAAAAAAAACCAAAAUUAAAUUUCAGGUAAUUUUCAUGAAUCAUCCACUAUCUUCUCGUCAAACUUUGGCUACUGGAAUAGUUUUCGCCGGUUUGACAAUGGAUGCUGUUGAUGGAAAAUUACAAGCAGCUUCGAAACGAAAAAUCGAACCAACUGAAAAAGUACCAUUGAAGGGACAAUGA